AUGGAGAGAAGCAGGUUGAAUGGCAUCAAAGACACUGGCGUAGAUCGUAUAAGCCUUACAAAUAACAAUGAAUACUACUGUCUUGGAGGAGAUUACUUAGGUGGGUUUUCAAGGCCUCCAAGAUCAUAUACGUGUAGCUUUUGUAAAAGGGAGUUUAAGUCGGCUCAAGCUCUCGGGGGACAUAUGAAUGUUCACAGGAGGGAUAGAGCCAGAUUGACACAGUCACCUCCAUGGGAUGGUUCUGAACUCAAGCCUAACCCUAAUGCCGACCCUAAUUUCUUAUUGCCAUCUCAGUCUACUAGGCUCUCUUCAUGCACUUACAGAGUUCCUCCAUUGCUUUCACCUAACUAUUUUUCUUGUUUCUCUUCACCCAUUUCUGCAUCUUCUGAUGAUGAGCUGAAAAUGAGGAGUGCUGGUUCUCCUCUUGAUCCUUGGAGCUCCAAGGGUGGAGAUAUUGCACAAAGUAAAACUGAAACCAUGAAACCUUUCUUUGGGGUUGGGGAAUUAAACGGUUUUCUACAGGAAGAUGAGCGUAAGAUUCUGAAGAUGGCGGAGAUUGUUAGGCUGGAUCUGGAGAUGGGUCCCCAUGGAGACUCAAAGGAGGAUUUGGAUUUGGAGCUUCGACUUGGAUACUCCUAA